ACAUAACAAUUUUGAGAGUGACAGCAGCACUAUCCUCUAGAAAAAUGGAAAAAACAAAAAGAAAGAAAUAGAACAAGGAAAAGGAGGCUAUAAAUAAUGAGCACUGAGCAGUUGGAUCUUCUUCAGUGGUGCUUUUGCCAACAAAGAUACACAUCUAAUUAAUAACUAAUAACCCUUUCUUUCUCUUUCUUCUGCCAGCAGAAGUUAAAACCAGCACUGGGUUGCUUUUAGGAGGGAAAAAAACAAGAAAAAGCUCUCAGUGAGUAGCCCACUUAACACACUAAACACAAGCUAAUUCUUACAGGAGAAACAAAAGAAAGAAGAAAAUGUUUGCAGGAGAUCAAAAUGGUUUACAAGGUGACCCAAGGUUGAAGGCCAUUUCUGAAGCCAUUAGAGUUGUUCCCCACUUCCCAAAACCUGGGAUUAUGUUUCAGGACAUAACAACUCUGUUGCUUGAUCACAAGGCUUUCAAAGAUGCUGUGGAUAUCUUUGUUGAUCGUUAUAGAGAUAUGGAUAUUUCUGUUGUUGCUGGUGUUGAAGCUAGAGGAUUUAUGUUUGGCCCCUCGAUUGCAUUGGCUAUUGGUGCAAAGUUUGUUCCUUUACGUAAACCUAGAAAGUUGCCAGGAGAAGUGAUCUCCGAAGCAUAUGUACUUGAAUAUGGCACUGAUUGCUUAGAGAUGCAUGUUGGGGCUGUUCAACCCGGGGAACGUGCCUUAGUUAUUGAUGAUUUGGUGGCUACAGGGGGGACUCUUUGUGCUGCAAUACGCCUAUUAGAACGAGUUGGGGCACAAGUGGUUGAAUGUGCAUGUGUUGUUGGGCUGCGUGAAGUUAAGGGACAACACAGACUAAAUGGAAAGCCGUUGUAUAUUCUUGUGGAGCCACGCCAGCUGACAAAUUGUUCUGCACCUUCUGUUAAUGGAGUUGCAGUUAAUGGAGUCGAAACAUGCAGACACAAUGAUCUCUACCUCUCUGCGACUUGAAUAUACGCAUUUUCUUAUUCUCGGAGCAAAGCUUGGUUUCCCAUUCAAUCCCAUUCCAAAUGUGAUUAGUUUGCUGAUGCUUUGGUUGUAAUCCUCUUUGCCAGGGAAAGAUGUUCAGGUGUAUUUCAUUUUAAGGCUGUUUUAGUUUUAGUUUUUAUAGUUUUGAAUGAAUUGUUGUGGCAUGUCAGUACCUGUUUGUUGUUCAUUCAAUUUAUCAUAUCAUGUUUGUUCCAUCAUUUUGUCUGCUGUUUCCGAGAGCUUGUCGAUUAAUAUUGAGAGGCCUGUUUUUAUCAUUUUGUUGGUUUGAGAUGACGACAA